AUGUUAAAACCUAAUCUACUAGACGAGUCAAGGAAGAAGCAGGAAAUGCAGAAACGAGCCUCAGAUAGGCAUAGAGGUGCGUGUAGAUUUUUUAAUGAAAAUCAGAAGGUGUUGGUUAAAACAGUCAGACAGGAGAAGGUUAGUUGGGUUCCAGGUCGUAUAUUACAGUGUAAAAGUCCAGUUACUUAUUUGGUUAGUGUUCUUGGCAAAACAAGAGUUUGCCAUGCAGACCAUCUUAGGCCAACUGAGGUAGAGGAGGACGAAAUCAUUGUGCGCAAAGAGGAAGUUGGAAGGACUAUUGAGGCACAUCAACAAGAAUUCAAUAGAGAUUUGCCUAUUCUUCAGGAGUCUACAUCACCAUCAAUAUCAAGACAUGAUGCUUCACCUUAUUUGCCUAGAUUGAAGUCUGAUGUUGGGAAACCACGGGGUGUACAAUACAGUCCAUCUACAGUUUUGAGGAGAUCACAGAGGACUGUGCACAAGCCGGAGAAAUUGGAUCUAUAA